UGAUCAGCUGCUUUUGGAUUCUGUUGCUUGUUUCCGACAAGAAAAAGAGGAACUCGGUUUUGGUUUGGAUCACAGGGCAGUAUUUACCUAGAAGUGAAGCUGUUUGACUUUCAUUGUUUCUGAGAGAUGAAAUGGCGCAACAAAGGAAUCAGCUCGCUUGGGAAACAUGUUGCUGUUCAAUCUGUCUGGAUCUACUAAAGGAUCCAGUGACUAUUCCCUGUGGGCACAACUACUGCAUGAGCUGUAUUAAAAGCCACUUCAACGAGGAAGAUCAGAAGAAAAUCUACAGCUGCCCUCAGUGCAGAGAGACCUUCGUACCAAGACCUGGUCUGGUGAAAAACACCAUGUUAGCAGAUUUAGUGGAGGAACUGAAUAAGGCUGGAUUCCAAGGGGCUCCAGCCGAUCACUAUGCUGGACCUGAAGAUGUGGCCUGUGAUUUCUGCACUGGGAGAAAACUGAAAGCUGUCAAGUCCUGUCUGCAGUGUCUGGUCUCUUACUGUGAACAACACCUCCAGCCUCACUACAAAUCCCCUGCCUUUGAAAAUCACAAGCUGGUCGACCCUUCCAAGAAACUGAAACAGAAGAUCUGUCCUGAUCACAAGGAGGUAAUGAAGAUUUUCUGCUGCACUGAUGAGAAGUGUAUCUGUUAUCUCUGCUCCAUGAAUAAACACAAAGGCCAUGAAACAGUUUCAGCUGAAGCAGAAAGGACAGCGAGGCAGGAAGAGCUUGGGGCAAGUCUUCAAAACACCCAGCAGAGAAUCCAGACCAGGGAGGAAGAAGUAAAGGUGCUUCAGCAGGAGGUGGAGGUGAUCAACCAGUCUGCUAACAAAGCAGUUGAGGACAGUGAGAAGAUCUUCACUGAGCUGAUCUGUCUCAUCAAGGAAAAAAGCUCUGAACUGAAGCAGCAGAUCAGAUCCCAGCAGAUGUCUGAAGUGAUUCGAGUCAAACAGCUGAUGAAGAAGCUGGAGCAGGAGCUCGCUGAGCUGAAGAAGAAAGACGCUGAGCUGAAGCAGCUCUCACGCACAGAGGACCACACAGAAUUUCUACUCAGUUACCCAUUGCAGUCAAACGCCAGUGACUCUACAGACACAUCCAACAUCAAAAUCCGUCCUCUGAGGUACUUUGAGGAUGUGAAAGCAGCUGUGUCAAAGGUCAGAGAUAAACUCCAGGACAUCAUUGGUGAGGAAUGGUGCAAAUUCUCACUGACAGUGAGAUCAGUGGAUGUUUUGCUGCCUAAAGCAGAACCCAAGACCAGAGAUGAGUUUUUAAAAUAUUCAUAUCAAAUGACACUGGAUCCAGCCACAGUCCACGAUAAUCUGAUUCUAGACGAUAGGGACAGAAAUGUAGAAGACAGAUAUUCAUUUACAUAUAAUUCUCAUCCAAACAGAUUCACUGAGAAGCAGCAGGUCCUGAGUAGAGACAGUCUGACUGGACGUUGUUAUUGGGAGGUGGAGUGGAGCGGGAAAGAAGUUUCAGUAGCCGUGGCAUACAAGAAUAUUUCCAAAAUGGAUGAAAGUGGAUUUGGAAACAAUAGCGAGUCUUGGGCAUUAGAUUGUUUCAGAAAGGGUUACAAAUUCAAACAUAACAAUGUUACAACUCUUAUCUCAGGUCCUCAGUCCUCCAGAGUAGGAGUGUAUCUUGAUGCCAGUGCAGGUAUUCUGUCACUCUACAGUGUUUCUGACACCAUGACUCUCCUCCACAGAGUCCAGACCACAUUCACUCAGCCGCUCUUUGCUGGAAUUUGGCUUUCGACGACUUUUUGGAAAGAUGCCAGUGCUAGGUUUAUUCAGCUAGAAUAGACAGGAGAUAUUAAAACGUCAAUGGGGACUCUAUUCUUAGUUUGUAAAUGGAUGUUCUCUCUUUCUUUGUCAUCCAUUUCUCUGUGACGUGGUAUUUUGACAUGUACUUCUCAGAGAUGAAAUGUCAAUCAGUGUGGGCAGGACUGUGAUGUACUUGUGUGAUUUCCUGCUGAUGUAGUUUUAGAUUGUAGGUUGGUGGCCUGAUUAUUCUUGUGUGUAUUUAUAUCAUUUCACAUUGCAAAUGAACAUUUAUCCACAUCGAAAUUUAACCUGCUGUGUAGUUUAUAAGGUAUUUCGUUAUAUUGUUGCUGUAAUCUUUUAUUUUUUAUUUUUCCUUUUUCUUUCCCUCUGUAUGAAGCACUAAUGGAGCCACAACUCUUUAUCACAGCUGAGCAGUUUAUCAGAUUUAACUUUUACUGUCAUUUUGUAAAUGUGUUGCAAAGAUGUAAUCAAUACUCUGAUCAACACAAAAUUAUUUCUUAUGUUACUGACAUACUGUAUUUGUUUAACAGUGAUUAUUGUAUAUGAUGAAUUGAAUACAGAUAUUGAAAAGCUGAACUGUCAAAAUAUUUUAAUGUGUUUUAUGAUGUGAACACAGUCAAUUAAUAAAGUUGAUUAA